UAAUAUUAAAAUUGACAGACUUUUCAAUUAAUAAUUACAUAUUUAUAAAAGUCAUUUUCCUAGUCAACAUGAUAACAACCUUGUGGAAAAUUAUUUGCUUGAUUUCUCUUUGGACAUUGAUGCAUGUGUCAUUUGCUGACGAAGUCGGAACAAGUUGUUCGACCACACUUUCCAUUGUGCGAGAACUUUUAAAUAAAGAAAGUGACAACGUAUGUGGGAAUUCGUGUCAAGGAAGGCCUGGAAAAAAGGGAUCGAUUGGACCCCCAGGCCCCCAGGGAAGAAAAGGUCCCCCGGGAUCAUGUAAAUGUGAUAUUAGCAUUGUUGAAAAGCUCCAAGAAAGAAUUAAAGAACUUGAAGAAUUUCAACGUUUUGUCAGCAAAAAAUUAUCAAUAUGCUAUGCUGGAAUUUCAUCUGGAGAAAUACCAAUAGCAAGUGUUACGGCAUCAUCAGUUCAUAGUACAUGCAAACUAAGUAACGUUCCACUCAACUCAGGUGCAGCAUGGUGUGCCAACACAAACAAUGUAAAUCAGUGGGUGCAAGUAGAUUUGAAAUCUCCAAGACGAAUUAUGGGCAUAGCAACGCAAGGAAGAAUUGACUGCUGCAUCCAGUUUGUCAAAACAUACACAAUAUCUUAUGGCGAUACUGUCACAAGUCUAACGACCUACAAAGAAAAAGGAUCAGCAAAGAUAUUUUCGGGAAAUUCUGACAAGAACACAGUCGUAAAAAACUACUUCCAGAAGCCAAUCACCGCAAGGUAUUUCAAAAUUCAUCCGGUAACUUUCAAAGGUUGGAUGAGUAUGCGAAUCGAUUUAUUGGAUUGUAAAAAAAAUAAAAUGAGCUGUAAUUUUAAAAUAUCUAUUAUAAUAUUUUUAAUCUUUGCCAUUUUUUGGAAACAAUCUUUGAGUCAGGAACAUGGGUCUUGUCAAUCUAAAUUGUCCGCCAUACAGAACAUCCUAAAUCGUGAUAAUGGAAAUUCUGACUCGUCGUGUGCUAUUGGUACCUGCCAAGGAAAACCCGGGAAGAGAGGGCCUGCAGGACCUCGAGGGCCCUUUGGUUCAAGAGGGCCAAGUGGGCCAAAAGGAACUUGCAAAUGUGAUCUCAGUGUGGUGGAAGAACUCAAGCAACAGAUAAGAGAAUUACAGCAUGCACAGAGAAUGGUCAGCAAAAGAUCAGCAUUAUGCUACGCUGGAAUUGCUUCUGGAAAAAUUACGGCCUCAUCAACUCAUGGAUCAUGCCAGCUGAAAAACGUUCAUAUCAAUUCCGGCGGUGCUUGGUGUGCAGGAACAGAUGACGCGAACCAAUGGGUUCAGGUUGAUCUGAAAAGUCCAAAGCAAAUUACUGGCAUAGCAACGCGAGGAAGGUUUGAUUGUUGCCCCCAAUGGAUAAAAACGUACAAAGUUUCAUAUGGAAAUAGCGUGAGCAAUCUCACAAUAUACGAAGAAAAUGGAUCACCGAAGAUAUUCUUCGGAAAUUCCGACAAGAACACGAUCGUGAAAAGAUACUUUCGGGAACCCAUCACUGCGCGGUACUUCAGAAUUCACCCACUUGCAUUCAAUGGUUGGAGAAGUAUGCGCAUCGAGUUGUUAGAUUCUCAAACUACGGAACAAUCUUGUGAAUCAUGCAGCGGAAAAUAUUUUGAACUCACUAUCGAGUCUACAAAUUUGAAAGAUCUGGAAAAAGAAUUAAGAAAUAGAAUCAUCUCUAUCUUGAAUGAAGAUUUUGACACUGAAAACGUGGAAAUAAAGGCAGAGCUUAUUCGUAAUGAUCACAAUACAGUUAAGUUGCCCUCACUGACCACUCCCACAAUCAAAGGAAGCGCUAAUAAUGCUGCUACCAGUAAAGCUGAGGCUAUUUCCACGGCUGUUGCUCUGACUUCGUCAACCACGAAUUUGGCGACGACUGGAAGACCGACUUGCUACGCUGGAAUUGCAUCUGGAGAAAUUCCCAUAUCAAGCAUUACGGCAUCAUCUUUUCAUCAAGACUGCUGGGUAACAAACGCUCCUCUCAACUCAUCGGUAGCUUGGUGCGCAGGACACAACACGCCGAACAACCCAACUGACUGGCUACAGGUUGAUUUGAAAAACCCAACAAGAAUUUUCGGCAUAGCAACGCAAGGAAGAAGAUCCGAUUGCUGCAACCAAUUUGUAAAAACUUACAAAAUUUCGUAUGGAAAUGAUUCCACGGAACUUCGUAUGUAUGAAGAGAAUGGGACUGUCAAGAUUUUCCCGGGGAAUUCGGACAAAAACACAAUCGUGAAAAACUACUUCCUGAAACCUAUCAUUGCAAUAUAUUUCAGAAUUCACCCAGUUACUUACAAUGAAUGGAUGAGCAUGCGAAUUGAACUUUUGAAAUGCUAA